AUCACGUGAACAACAAAAUGUCUGCGGCCGUUCACAUUUUGUGUAAAAUUCUUUGUUUAAUUUUAGUUACUUUACAAGUCUCAGCAGAUCGAAAAGUAUCAACUAAAAUAUUUGAGUGUACUUUCAACUCGACUAUUUGUGAUGGCGUAAGCAUUGCUCACAUCAAAUCAGAAGGAAAAAAUGAUGCCCGCCACUAUGUUCUAUCACCUAUAGGGCUACCGACUGUGUUUGUGGCUUACACUGGCCCUGGAGCAGCACUGAUUAUAAACUGGACAAAUCUUGUGUCACCAGACCCAGCAAAAAGACAAAAUUCAAUCAAGAUUGUAAACACAACUGUAAAUUACUCAUUCUCCAUUUUGUUCUCAAAGUUGAUUGAAUACAAUGAUACGCAAGACUACGCCGAUAUGAGCAAGUAUAAUGCCGGGUCCACUCAUUGGAACAUGUAUGAUCUUCAGGACUUCAGCUGGGAGAAGCUGAGCACCGUCUCAGACAUUAAAUCUAACUCCAUCACCUUUAAAGCCUCAGAUAAGACACAACAAGAACUCUGGAAAAACAAUGGCACAUUCUCCAUCAAGUUCAACGCAUUUGGAAGUGAGGGAAGAGAGGACCAAUUGCCCCACCUUCAGUACAACGAGAACCUGACACAGUUUGACAUGAACAUUGACCAUAUUAUGACCAACUUCACUGACUCCCGCUUUGCUGUAGAAAUUCUUACAGUGGGCGGGGACUCGGAACCCAUGUAUGUCGAUAAGACACGCUCAAUUGACGAUGAGUAUGCUCCUGGUGUCUUCCAGAUUUACAACUGGAUGACAAGAUCAAAUCACAGGGAUCAGACCGGUUUCCUGCAGUGGAAACCAGUUGCCUACAAUGCUUUGAAGCGGGCCAGAAAUAAGGCAACAAGCAUGAAGCAUUACGCACUGCAAGACCUCACAAUGGACCAGAAAAACCAAGUUGAUGACACGAUCGUUUACGCAUUUUACGGGGAGACAGUUUUGGAUAAGUCUAUGAAAAAAGCCCAAAAUUUCUCGUUCGGAAUCGCAAAAGAUGGAGGUUAUAACAAGACCAGGGUUUUGACAUGGUCUGGUUCUAUUGGCUACGGCAGUCCGCCAGCAGACGCGAUCUCCACAGUGGUGAUUAUCAUCAUCUUGGCGGGUCUUGGACUUCCGAUCGUCAUCAUCAUCUUUGGAGGAAUAUUUGUCUGCAUGAAAAAGCGCUCCAACAGACCAGACAAGCAGUUGAAGGCUGUCAACAGCACUGGGUAUCAGCCCAUAUUGGACUCUGACAGAUAGAUAUGUGAUGUGUUUACCUUUGAAUGGGUGUUCAUGGUCCAACAGUUAUGAACAUUUUUUUUGGCUGUGAUACAUAUUUGACUUUGUCCAACUGCCUGGAAUUCAGUGUGUGUGGGCUUUUUUACCAAUUUGGGAAAGAACUUUAGCUCCAUUCCUAGUGCUCUUCCUGAAUAUGAAAAUAAAGUUCCCAAUUUUAUGUUUUAAAAAACAAAAUGGACCUUUAAACUAUUUUUUGGUACAGGAAAGUAGAUUUAUUUUUAUGACAUUCUUUUAUCUUUUCUGUCUAUUUUUUUUAAAGCAAUCUUGUUCAUUUUUAGGCAUAAUUGGUAUUCCCAAUUUCACUGAAAAUGACACAUUUUCCAAAUCCCUUGGCCCCUUUCCUGAAGUGGUUAAAAAAGCACAGCAGAUUCCAAUGUAAUAAGAUCAGGGUUUUAUUCACCAUUGUUUAUUAUGGCGUUAAAAGCGGUUGUCGCCAUCUCAAUAAAUAUAACAUCAUAAAUGUUCAUGUCUGUACAUAUCAAGCUAGAUUGAUUGGUGCAAGGAGUAUACUUUUUGAAACUGUUUAUUCAUGAGAGAUUAUCCUAAAGUUAUAUUGAUCUCUUUCAUUGAAACUAUCUGGUUGUUGUUUUUAACGAAAUACAAAAACGUACAUUAAAGACAAUGUACACAACAUUUAUCCCAUUUUAGACAGAUUUCUGAAGAACAGAAACAUGUUAAACGCUGAUAUUGCACACAUGUGGAUGUAAAUGUGAAGAGCUGCCUUCAACAUAACUGAUUUAAAAAAUAUUUUAAUUAUUCAAGAAUAUACAUUUUCUUCCAUAGUGCCAAAGUAAGCUUGUAUAAAUUUUGAUGUUACAUGUCAACAUUAAAUGCUGACACAAUAUUAACUUUGUAUUAAUGCUGACAUAACUUGUAUAAAACAAUGUAUAAAUGUUGUAAUAUGUUAACAUUGAAUAUAUUCUUAUGUUAACUGUAAACAAUUCAUAGUUUCUCAUAUAUUAACAUUGUAUGAAUUUUGAUGUGAAGUGUUAAAAUUGUACAAAUGAUGACGUAAAAUGUUUACAUUUUUUAAAUGAUGUUGUACAAUGUUAACAUUGUAUAUCUGCUGAUGUAGAAUGUUAACAUGGUAUGAUUUCAGGUGUAAAACAUUGACAUUGACUUGUAUAAAAUGUUGAUGAUAAAUGUGAUCAUUGUAUAUCUGCUGUUGUAAAAUGUUAACAUUGUGUAACUGCUGUUGUAAAAGGUUAAUAUUGUGUAACUGCUGUUGUAAAAUGUUAACAUUGUGUAACUGCUGUUGUAAAAUGUUAACAUUGUGUAACUGCUGUUGUAAAAUGUUAACAUUGUGUAACUGCUGUUGUAAACUGUCAUUGUAUAACUGUUCAUGUAGAAAGUUUACUUAGUAUAUUUGCAGAUGUAAUAAAUUAACAUUGUAUAUCUGCUGAUGUAAAAUGUUGACAUUGUAUAACUGCAGAUGUAAAAUGUUCACAUUAUAUAACUGCAGAUGUUAACAUUGUAUAACUUCAGAUGUAAAAUGUUAACAUUGUUUAAUUGCAGAUGUAAAAUGUUAACAUUGUAUAAUUGCAGAUGUAAAAUGUUAACAUUGUAUAACUGAAUAUGUAAAAUGUGAACAUUGUAUAAUUGCAUAUGUAAAAUGUUAACAUUGUGUAACUGCAGAUGUAAAAUGUUAACAUUGAAUAACUGAAGAUGUAAAAUGUUAACAUUGUAUAACUGAGGAUGUUAAAUGUUAACAUUAUAUAAUUGCAGAUGUUAAAUGCUAACAUUGUAUAACUGCUGAAGUAAAUUGUAUACAUGCUUACACAACAUGUUUGAUUUUGUACCUGUGUAAAUUUACUUUGCAAAGUGACUGUGAUUUUAUAUUUUGUUUAUUCAAUAACACAUUCCUUUUCAUCAAAGGUGUCCUAGUAUAUAAUUAUUGUCUUUAAAUAUUUUGUAAAAUUGGAUCAUUAUAAGCAAGUUUGUAUCAGCGGGAAUUAAUGAUUCCUUUAUCAUCGGGGCACGUGCAAGUUUCUGAAAGUGUACACACUCAUAUUUUUUCAUGCAUUAUCAGUCAUUGAAGUCAAGAAUAUUGGAUGAACAAGCCCAAAUUCAUAUACUUUUGCUUGGCAUCAAAUUUUUGAACAAGCCUAGCUUUUUUAAUUUCAGAAUUUUAGCCAGCCUGGAAGACAUUUUACCAGUGCCGGGCUUGUGAGCUUGUGUUAAUUUCAACCUCUGCAUUAUUUCAAUGAUAGUUUGUAUUCGUACUUUGACUACUAGUAUUAAACUUUGUUGUUUAAAAAUUCUGACCACAGGUUUGAGAACACAUUUCGAAAGUAAGCAUAAGUGUUGCAUUUUAAUCAGUCUCAUACCCUCUUUGUCUUUGUCUCAUCUUUCCUGUGAACAAAAUUAACAUGGGAUAAUUUUAUGAAAAUGAGUCCUUUGAAUUACACAUGCUUGGAAUUGAACAAAAAUGUUGAGCUUGCUCAGAACUUUGAUGUACAUGUUUCGAUAUUUAUGCAUACUGUUCUAGGAACCCAUCCUCUUAUUAUUAUCAAAAAAAUAAAAUUGCGUAAUUUCAUAAUUAUGUCUGAUUCACUACUAUAUUAUUGUCUUAAUUUUUUACAAAUAUGGUUGUACUGACAUCACUCUGUGCCUUUUUCUUUGAUUGGAUAAUUUCCUUCAACAAAUGUAUAUUGUUUCUUUCGUACAGUGAAUGUUGUUUUAAAUUUUCUUUAAAUUUCAAUGAAGAUAAUUUUGCAAUAAAAUGAUGGGACUGAAA